CGGCCCGGGAAGGAGAAGCGGGAGGGGCCGGCUGCGGCGAUCGGGGCGCGCAGGGGCGCGGGGAUGGAGGACGGCGUGGCCGGGCCCGGACGCGGGGCGGCGGCCCAGGCCGGCGGGGCGGCGAGAGCGCGGCCCGGGGGGACGCUGCGGCCCUUCGCGCCCUUCUCGGGGGCGGCGGCGGCCGACGAGGGCGGCGGCGACUGGAGCUUCAUCGACUGCGAGAUGGAGGAGGUGGACCUGCAGGACCUGCCCAGCGCCACCAUCGCCUGCCACCUGGACCCGCGCGUGUUCGUGGACGGCCUGUGCCGGGCCAAGUUCGAAUCCCUCUUUCGGACCUAUGACAAGGACAUCACCUUUCAGUAUUUUAAGAGCUUCAAGCGAGUCCGCAUCAACUUCAGCAACCCCCUGUCGGCCGCGGACGCCAGGCUCCAGCUGCACAAGACAGAGUUUCUGGGGAAGGAGAUGAAGUUGUAUUUUGCUCAGACCCUGCACAUAGGCAGCGCGCACCUGGCGCCCCCCAACCCAGACAAGCAGUUCCUCAUCUCCCCGCCGGCCUCGCCUCCGGUUGGCUGGAAGCAAGUGGAAGACGCGACUCCCGUCAUAAAUUAUGAUCUUUUAUAUGCUAUCUCCAAGCUGGGGCCAGGGGAGAAGUAUGAAUUGCACGCCGCGACCGACACCACCCCCAGCGUGGUGGUCCACGUGUGUGAGAGCGAUCAGGAGAACGAGGAAGACGACGAGAUGGACCGGAUGAAGAGACCCAAGCCCAAAAUCAUCCAGACCCGGCGGCCGGAGUACGCGCCCAUCCACCUGAGCUGAAGUGGGCAGAGCCGCGCUCCGAAAGUCACCUUGGCGGGGAGGCCCCCGGGACUGCGCGCAGGCGUGCGUGGGCGGGGGCUGCAUUGGCCGCGGCCCGGGGGAGCGGCUGGGCUCUGUGUCCCGGCCCAUGGGAAGCUGGGCGUCCGGCCCGGGCUCCCGGCUCCUGAGCGAAGCCCCCCUCCCGGGGCCGCCCCCCGCAUGCAUUUGUGGGGGGGGGCCCGCACGCAGACACUUGGGGACGCCUCGAGAGCCCUCCUCGGCCGCGGUCGUUGUUUCUGUAUUUGUCCCUUCCCGGUAGGUUCCGUGUUUGUCCCAGGCGGGGUCGAGACGGGAGCGAGUCGGUGGCCUUUGGCCAGCCUCCCCCCGUCGGGGACAGGGCAGGGCAGGGCUCUCUGCUGGCCGGGAAAGGCACCCCGCCCCCUCCCCAGCCCCACCCCACCCCCAUGAAGCCACUGGCUGUCCCGCACCGCGGCGACAGUGCCCCCCGAAAGCUGUCGCGUGUCUCGUGCUCCACCCCUGGCCCCCACGUCCUGACAUUUGUGCACGUCCUGGUUCUCCAGAACUAACCCUCGUUGGCCUCUCGAGUCGCACCAGUUGUUCCCUGUCUCCUGGGAGGUUAGGGAAGCUUUGGAAGGAAAAAGUGACAAAGCCGGGUGGCCUGGCCAGACUCCAAACGGAGCAUCACCCGCAGGUGGAGUCGUGCCUGGUCUAACACCGGCAGAGAUCAGUCCUCGCUCAGCAACGUGUCCGGUGUGCUUUUUUUUUUUUUUUGGCCAAAACAAACAAACAAACAAAACCCAGUUGAACUGAAAUGUCCUGUAUAGAAGGGUCCUGGUCAAACCAAGUCCAGAGUCGGGACUGUAUCACUGCCAACCCACAGUCGUGCGAAAUUCCAGUGGAGUUGCCCGCGUCAGGCUUAGCUUCAUGGCGAUGGAAGUAUAUGAGUCAUAGCCAAUCCCGUUAUCAUUCCCCCACCCACCCCCGGGGAGGGGUGGGGUGGGGGUGGGGGAAGUUCUUGGUGGAGAUAGGUGAACUUUUUUUUUUUUUAUACCCUGCUACAAACAUCGAGAUAUACUUGUAAAUAAAUUAAAAAACCGGA